AUGUUUCUUAAUACGGUGUUUCGGCACCGGCGCGUAGACGCGCCGGAGCGGAAGCGCAUACAAUCUACACCGACCGCCGCUCUGCAAGGUCUACGGCCCUGGCUUACAGUGGGUCAGGCGCUCGGACGCUGGUAUGGGACUUUAUACGCCUCCUGCCAAGAGGUAUCGACCACUAUAGCUAUUCAGGGAGCCGCAGUGACUACCUUAGUCCACUGGUUUUAUGUAUAA